AUGGGUUGUACCGCUCCUGGUCAUUUGUCACCACCAAACUACGUAGUAGUCGACAAGGCUACAAUCCCAUUAGCAGAGUUCGCAAUCAGCCAUUUUGUGGCUUUGGAGGAAUGUGUUGAAAAGAUUGCGAAAGACUUCAAAUAUCGGAGUAGUCAAUUCACUCCACCUGCACUGAUGUCCUUUGUGGCAAGUAAAGAUGAAGCAGAGUUUAUAGCUAGAAUUGCGGAAUUAGAACGGAGCGCAAAAGAAAGUGCUAAUAAUGAGAAGCGAAGUCAGAUAGAAAAUUCUAAACUUAAGGGUAGUGUAACGAAACUAGAAUUUGAUAUCAGGGAGAUUAAACAGAAACAAAUUAUACCUAUUGAAAACCAUCUCGAUAUAAAGAAUGCACAGAUUACUGAAUCAAUUUCUAAUGAUUUAUCUAUUUCUCCUAAAUUAAAUUCUGAUGAACAUCAAGAAAAGACAGAAUCACGAGUCUCCAAUUCAUAUUCGACUAAAUUAUCCAUAUGCGUAAAGUCUAAAUCAUCAGAAGAUAAGGAAAUGGAUGAUUUUCUAAUUCGUAAAAAAAAGGAAACAGUUAGUAAUUUGAUGAGGGAUGGAAAUAGAGAAAAGAAGCUUCAACGUACCAUUUCUUCUGAAAUUUCCCAAAAUACUAUAACCCAUAGCCAAAAAAUAAUUCAAUCGGAACCUGAAACUUUUAAUGAAUCGGAGAAAAUAACCAUAUCGGAUGCAAAGAAAAUUCCCUAUAACGAAAAAGUGGAGCAUGAAGCAAUUCUAAGAGGAUCUAGUGAGGUUACAGCGGAAAUAAUUGCCUCUGGCAAGUCAACUACUAUGAAUGAAAAUCGAAAAGUAAUCUCCGUUCCAAAUUGGAACGCACAUGUGGCUGAACAAACUUUACCAAAAAUCGAGUCUUUACAAGAAACUAUAAUAAGUGUAACACCUGAAAGGGUUUCGCCCAUAACAUCUAGCUACCUUGUGACUGCCUCUGGCAAUAAAUCCCGACCUUCGAUUUCUAUCUUACCCGAUGAUCCAGAAGAAAAGCGAAAAUCAGUUAUUAACAAAGUACUAGAACGAUUUCCUGAUUACUUUGACUGUUCAACGAUUUGUCCUAUAUGUAAUAACGAUCAUAAAAAAGAAAACAUAAGAGAUAAUAUACAGGAUUUAUGGGGUAGUG